AUGGAGAAUAUAUUGUCCCAACAACAAAAUCAACACACUGAUCAUUCUAAAAUUGAAGUUAUUUUCAACAACAUUAAUCGUCCUGUCACUCUUAAGUUUGAGAAUGUUGUUUACAAGAUCAAUCUCGUGAAAGAAGGGUGUUUCAAGAAUUCACCUAAAUCAAAUGAAGAGAAAAUAAUCUUGAAGGGCGUCUCGGGGAUCGUUUCUCCAGGUGAAAUGCUGGCGAUAUUAGGCCCUUCAGGAAGUGGAAAAACAACUCUGCUAACAGGACUCGGAGGCAGGCUCGUUAAUGGGCAUCUCAAAGGCGUUAUAACGUAUAAUAACAAGACAUUUUCCAAUGCCAUGAAUCGUAACACGGGCUUUGUUACUCAAGAUGAUGUUCUUUACCCUCACCUUACAGUGUCCGAAACACUUGUGUUCACUGCUCUCCUUCGUUUGCCUAAAACAUUUACAGUUGAGGAGAAAACCGCGCAUGCUGAAGCAAUUAUAACUCAACUUGGAUUGACAAAGUGCAAGGAUAUCAUCGUUGGAGGUCCAUUUUUGAGAGGGAUAUCGGGUGGGGAGAGGAAAAGAGUAAGUAUUGGACAAGAAAUGCUUAUUAACCCGAGUUUGUUGUUCUUGGAUGAACCAACAUCAGGGCUUGAUUCUACUACAGCGUUAAGGAUUGUGUCGACUUUAAGGGAUUUAGCAAAGGGUGGAAGGACGGUUGUGCUAACGAUACAUCAACCUUCGAGUAGGCUGUUUUACAUGUUCAAGAAAGUGUUGUUGUUAUCCGAAGGAAAUCCCCUGUAUUUUGGCAGAGGAGAAGAUGCUAUGGGAUAUUUUUCAGGCAUCGGAUUUUCCCCGUUAGUUGCUAUGAAUCCCUCAGACUUCUUGUUGGAUCUUUCAAAUGGUAUACUUUCGGAUGAUCCUCGCGUAUUAGCAGAUACUCCUAUAGAAGAUCCAGCUUCAAUCAAGAAAACUUUGGUAACUGCUUUCAAAACCAAUCUAGUGGAGAACAUGAAGGAGCAAUUUCAAGAAUCUGACGUUCAUCAGGUUGUGGAGAAACUACAUGAGAAGAAAUUUACUCAAUGGUCGAAUACCUGGUGGCAGCAAUUCGCAGUGUUGUUUAGAAGAGGGAUGAAAGAACGAAAACACGAGUCCUUCUCUAGCCUCAAGGUUGGAGAGGUCUUGGUGGUGGCUUUCUUGUGUGGAUUGUUAUGGUGGAAAUCUAAUAACAUUCAAGAUCAGGUUGGACUUAUGUUCUUCUACACUGAUUUCUGGUCAUUUUUCCCCUUGUUACAAGCUAUUUUUACCUUCCCACAAGAGAGGAUGAUGUUGGAGAAAGAAAGAUCAUCAGGCAUGUAUAGACUCUCCGCGUAUUUUAUGGCUAGGACUAUAGGUGACCUUCCAAUGGAGCUAGUCCUUCCAACUAUUUUCACCGUUAUAACAUACUGGAUGACUGGCCUAAAACCAUCCGCGUUGAACUUUUUCUCUACCUUAUUCAGCAUCCUCUACAAUGUAUUAGUCUCCCAAGGCCUCGGGCUAGCUCUUGGUGCAAUGAUCAUGGACCAAGAAUCAGCUACUGUACUCGGUUCAGUCAUCAUUCUAUCGUUCACCUUAGCAGGAGGGUACUUCGUUCAACAUGUCCCGUGGUUCAUUUCCUGGAUAAAGUACAUAUCGAUUAGCCAGUACACGUAUAAGCUCUUGUUGGGGUCACAGUAUAAUCAUGGGGAAACGUAUUCAUGUGGCAUAAACGCGACGUGUCUGGUUGAAGAUUUUCCUACCAUAAAGACUAUAGGGAUUGGAGGUAAAGGCAUUUCAAUGGUUGCAUUGGCUGUUAUGUUUUUUGGUUAUAGGUUCUUGGCUUAUGUUGCUCUUAUGAGGGUUGGUGUAACAAAGAAAUAGAUUUUGCUUUACUCAAAAGAGUGUA